AUUUCUUGUUUGCUGGGCCAGAUUGAGUUGGAAGGUCGAAGACCCCCACUGAUGGCAUCUGGCAAAUCGCUGCCAUGUUUCCAGCCUUACGAUUUUUCCCCUAGCUCAGGAGGAUUUGUGACUGGCAGAUUUCUCACUGGGAUCAAACCUUCUGAAUUCUUCUUUCACUGCAUGGCUGGCAGGGAGGGUCUUGUGGAUACAGCUGUCAAAACCAGCCGUUCUGGAUACCUACAAAGGUGUAUCAUAAAACAUUUGGAAGGACUGGUAGUUCAGUAUGACCUGACUGUACGAGAUAGUGAUGGCAGUGUGGUGCAGUUUCUGUAUGGAGAAGAUGGGCUUGAUAUCCCCAAAACUCAGUUCUUACAUCCCGAGCAGUUUCCUUUCAUUGCAGAAAACUAUGAGGUAAUCCAGAAAACAAACCAUUUGGAUGAAGCUUUAGCAAGGAUGGAGUCUCACCAAGCUAACCAGCAGUUCAAAGCCAUCAAAAAGUGGCGAGCCAGGCACCAAAACUCCGUGCAAAGAGAAGGAGGUUUUCUGAUGUUUUCCCGAAAGAAAAUGGCAAUUGUAAAAGCACAGAUUCCAGGAGGAGAAAUCAAAAAUGGAAGAGAUCCUGCUACCUUACAGUUAUUGAAGAUGUGGUAUGAGCUAGAUGAGAAGAAACGAAGAAAGUAUCUGAAGAAGACAAAUAAGUGUCCUGACCCAAGCCUUGGUGUUUGGCGUCCAGAUACUUAUUUUGCGUCUGUUUCAGAAACAUUUGAAAAUGGAGUCGAAGAUUAUAUCAACAAAUGGGAAUCCGAGAACAGACAAAGUUACGCGCACUCAGCACUUUCUUCUGAUAGAUUAAAGGAUUUGUUAUAUUUAAAGUGGCAGCGAUCUCUUUGUGACCCAGGAGAAGCUGUGGGUCUCCUUGCAGCUCAGAGUAUUGGGGAACCUUCCACACAGAUGACUCUGAACACCUUCCACUUUGCUGGCAGAGGUGAAAUGAAUGUCACACUGGGUAUUCCAAGGUUGCGGGAAAUAUUGAUGGUAGCCAGUGCAAAUAUUAAAACGCCAACAAUGAGUGUUCCGGUGUUCAAUACCAAGAAGGCCCUCAAGAAGGUGAAACAGCUUAAGAAACAGCUCACAAGAGUGUGCUUAGCUGAGGUCUUGCAGAAAGUUGAGAUAGAGGAAUCCCUGCAUGUGAAGUGCAAGCAGAACAAACAUCGUCUCUACAAAAUCAAAUUCCUUUUCUUGCCCUAUGAAUAUUACCGAGAGGAGAAAUGCGUGAAGCCCAGGGACAUCUUGCACUUCAUGGAAACAAGGUUCUUUAAAAUUUUUCUGGAAGCAAUUAAAAGGAAGAAUGCAAAGAUGGCAUCUUUUACUGAAGUCAGCACCCGAAAGGCAACUCGGAAAGAUUUAGAUGGUGACCAAGACAAGACACAGAAUAAUCAGGAAGCUCCAGCAGAGGAAGAAGAGAACAUUGUUGAUGCAGAGGCUGAUGAAGGGGAUGGUGAUGCUACAGAAGCAAAACGGAAGAAGAACCAAGAAGAAGAGGUUGAUUAUGAGAGUGAAGAAGAGAAUGGGGAAGAAAAUGUUGAUGAGAAUCUAGAAGGUGAAGAGGCUGAAUCAGAAAAAGAAGAUCAGACACCCAGUGGAGAAGAUCAGAUGGGAGCAGAUGGUGAUGAAUCUCAACAUCUUUCCUUUAUGUCUCAGACUAAAAAAGAGAAAGAUCGAUUACUUCAGUCAGCAGAGUUGCGAGUAAAUGCUGUUCUGGACAGCCACCCAUCUAUACAGGAUUACACAUUUGACACCGAAAAUGAACUUUGGUGUGAGGUUUCCUUAACACUUCCAUUGAUGAAAGUGUACUUCGAUCUCUCCUCCUUGCUUGUCUCUCUUGCACGAAGCACAGUCAUUCACGAAGUGAAGGGGAUCACACGAUGCUUGUUGAAUGAAAGUACCAAUAAGCAAGGAGAGAAGGAACUCAUUCUGCAUACCGAGGGGAUAAACCUUGCAGAGCUGUUCAGAUACUCUGAUAUUUUGGACCUGAACAGACUUUAUUCCAAUGAUAUUCAUGCCAUAGCUAAGAAUUAUGGAAUUGAGUCUGCCCUGAGGGUGAUUAUAAAGGAAAUAAAAGAUGUAUUUGCUGUAUAUGGCAUUGUGGUAGACCCUCGGCACCUUUCACUCGUGGCAGAUUACAUGUGUUUUGAAGGAUUUUAUAAACCACUGAAUCGUUUUGGAAUUCAGUCCAACUCCUCCCCUCUGCAACAGAUGACAUUUGAAACCAGCUACAAAUUCUUGAAGGAAGCAACAAUGAUGGGUGCCUAUGAUGAACUGCGAUCCCCUUCUGCAUGCCUAGUGGUUGGAAAAGUUGUUAAAGGAGGGACUGGUUUGUUUGACCUCAAGCAACCCCUUACGUAGUGUUUUGGUUAUAAUUUAAGGAUUCUGACUAAAAUGCUCAUUGUAAG